AACCGAUUACAGACCCCCUUGCCCUGUUACUGGACCAGUCAAAGGAAGAAGUUAGAGGUGGUGGUCAUCAUGGCGAUAUGUAGGAGCUUCUAAUUACCUUUGCAGAAGGUGUCAUGCUGAAGGAGGCUCGGGGGUGGAGAAGAGCCAGUCUACACAAGUGGAGGUAACAGUCGUCAUCCAGGCGCCAGCUGCAUACCAUAGAGGAAGUCUAUCUGAUUCUUGUGGGGAGAGAGGAUCUUGAAGAGCCAACAUGGCUACCUUGAUCAGGAGCAAACUGUCCAAUGUGGCCACCUCGGUAUCAAACAAGUCCCAGGCAAAGGUUAGCGGGAUGUUUGCCAGGAUGGGCUUCCAGGCGGCCACUAAUGAAGAGGCUGUUGGCUUUGCCCAUUGCGAUGACCUGGACAUGGACCACAGGCAAGGUCUUCAAAUGGACAUCCUGAAGACCGAGGUCCCAACAGGCGAUGUCCCUGCAGAAGGUGACAUCCACUACCAAAGAGAUGGCACUGGACCUCCUCCAUCCGACUCUAAAGAUGAUGGUAUGUGCUCAGAAUUAUCUACAGCUGAAAAGCCUAAAAUAACAGUCUGGGAGGCCGGAUGGAAUGUCACCAACGCCAUCCAGGGGAUGUUUGUGUUGGGAUUACCUUACGCAAUUCUACACGGUGGAUACCUGGGACUGUUCCUCAUUAUUUUUGCUGCAGUCGUGUGUUGCUACACAGGAAAGAUUCUCAUUGCUUGCCUGUAUGAAGAGAAUGAAGACGGAGAGAUUGUGAGGACCAGGGACACCUAUGUGGACAUUGCCAACGCCUGCUGCGCACCGAGGUUUCCAAAACUCGGAGGAAGGAUUGUCAAUGUGGCCCAGAUUAUUGAACUGGUCAUGACAUGCAUCCUGUAUGUGGUGGUCAGCGGAAACUUGAUGUAUAACAGCUUCCCGACCCUGCCAGUUUCCCAAAAGUCCUGGUCAAUCAUAGCCACAGCUGUGCUUCUACCAUGUGCAUUCCUCAAAAACCUAAAGUCUGUCUCCAAGUUCAGCUUGCUCUGCACCUUAGCUCAUUUUGUCAUUAAUGUCCUAGUGAUUGCCUACUGUCUUUCCAGAGCUAGAGACUGGGCUUGGGACAAAGUCAAGUUUUACAUUGAUGUAAAAAAAUUUCCUAUCUCCAUCGGUAUCAUUGUCUUCAGCUACACCUCUCAGAUCUUCCUGCCUUCCCUGGAAGGGAACAUGCAAAAGCCUAAAGAAUUCCACUGCAUGAUGAACUGGACCCACAUUGCCGCUUGCAUUCUCAAAGGUCUUUUUGCUCUGGUGGCUUAUCUGACCUGGGCAGAUGAAACCAAGGAGGUCAUAACAGACAACCUACCCUCAACUAUCAGAGCAGUGGUUAACUUAUUCCUGGUGGCCAAAGCCUUGCUGUCCUACCCACUGCCCUUCUUCGCUGCAGUGGAGGUCUUGGAAAGGUCUCUCUUUCAGGAGGGGAGCAGGGCCUUCUUCCCAAACUGCUAUGCGGGUGAUGGGAGAAUAAAAUCUUGGGGACUCACUCUCAGAUGUGCCCUAGUCGUUUUAACCUUGCUCAUGGCCAUCUACGUGCCCCACUUUGCCCUCUUAAUGGGUCUCACUGGCAGCCUCACAGGAGCUGGUCUCUGCUUCCUCCUUCCGAGCCUCUUCCAUCUUAAGCUUCAGUGGAGGAAGCUUCUGUGGCAUCAUGUCUUUUUCGAUGUUUCCAUCUUUGUCAUUGGCUCCAUCUGUAGCGUAUCCGGUUUUGUGCAUUCUUUAGAGGGUCUAAUAGAAGCCUAUAGAUAUAAUGUAGAGGAUUAAGGCAGAGACAACAAAUUUGGGCAUCAGCAUCACUAAUAAUUAUGCAUCAGUUUCUACUGACAUCCCCAUUCUGGCUUUUCGCAUCAGUGGCUGCCAUUAGGUGGCAUCGUCAGCACAUUGCUGUUAAUGUGUUGCUGGGAAAUGCUGGCAGCUAAUAGGCUGAUACAUGCUUGUACCAUUUUCUAUUCCCCCAGGAGAAAGCUCACACUA